AUGAUACUGCAGAACGAUGAGAAUAGGAGGGUGGUUUUUAUCCUGGGCUCGACCGGUGUCGGGAAGACGAAGGUCGCGGAAGAUAUCGCGGUGAAGAUUUUAAUGGAAUCUUCAUUUUCGGAGACGACGAACUCGGAGACAAAGAAGGUAAAGAAGAAGAAGUCUGAUGAUGACGACGAUGAUAUCGAUGACCAGAUGGUGACGAUCGUGAACAUGGACGCGUUGCAAGUGCACGAGGAACUGCCGAUCGCGACCGCGCGAGUUUUGGUAGAGGAAAAGGAGAAGAAGAAGAAGACGAGAGGGGAGGUGGUGCACGAGUUGUUCGGGGUCGUUGGGAUUGAGGAGGAGGAGGAGACGAGGACGAAGAAGAAGACAAAGACAAAGAAAAAAGACGUGCGGUGGUUUCGUGCAUCAUUUUUAGAAAUCGUGGAGAAGAUUUGGACGAAGAGGCAUGGAAAGAGGAGCGUCGUCGUAUGCGUCGGCGGUACGCCGUAUUACGCGAAAGCGGCCAUGUUGAAGACUUUUUUACCUGAACGCGAGGCGUCGAUGCCGGAUACAUCGGACGAUGACGACGACGACGACGACGACGUGGAUAAACUUUCCUUGGAAGAGAGACGAGCGAUGCACGAGAGAUUGCGCGAAUUGGAUCCAAAAGCAGCCGCGCGUCUGCAUCCGAAAGACGCGAGACGCGUGAGAAGGUAUUUGCAAAUAGCCGAAGAGGCAAACGGCGAAGAAAGUUUGUUGCCUUCAACGAUAUUUCAACGCAAAAAAGACAAAGCAAACGACGACGAACGAAAACAGCAAAACGAGCAACAACUGAUGUUUCCACCUACCGUGACGAGAGUGAUACACGUGGUCGCGGAGAACGAGGCGUUGGAAAAGACGCUCGAGACGCGCUUGGAGCGAAUGCGCCACGACGGCGUCGAGAAGGAGAUUAAAACGUUCAUCGAAACCUACCCGACCGCCGCGAAAUCAAACACAGGUGUGGCGCAAGCCAUUGGCGUUCGAGAGUUUCUGGACGAAACAGAUGACGACACAGAAACACGAUUCGAGAAAAUGUGCGCGCGAACGAAACGUUUAGCCAGACGCCAACGCAGACAGUUUGCAAACAUGGUAGAAUCGAGCGAGUUUCGUUCCGCGCCGACGAUCGAAAUAGACGCGACGAAAAUGCACGAGAUGCUGGCGGCAUCACCGCCCUCGUCCUCGAAGGCGAACGCGUUUUGGGAAGACGAAGUCGUCUCCCGAGCGGUACGAUUCAUUACGGAGGAGUUUGUCGACGACGUAAACGCACCAUCGACGAAAAAGAGCACUCGCCGCGAUGUUAUUGUUGAUCUCGAGGAAAACAACGACGCGUGGAUUGAACGCGCGUGCGAAGCGUGCGGCGAUCGAAUUUUCCGCGGCGAUCGCGAUUGGUUGGCGCACACGUCCUCGAAAAGACACAAAAAUCGCGUUCGAAACUUGAAAAAGAGUCGAGAGGGAGAGCGUGGGAGUUUACAUCCGAACAAAAUAGCAGCAAUAUAA